GCCGGCGCAAUGUGGUCCCCGGAGCGCCAGCGCUGAGCCCCAGGCUGCCCGAGGCCGGCGGGCCGCGGGGGGCCCGGCCUCACCAUGUUCUCCAGGAAGAAGCGAGAGCUCAUGAAAACCCCUUCCAUCUCCAAGAAGAACCGCGCGGGAAGCCCCAGCCCACAGCCGCCGGCGGAGCAGACCAGGAGGGAGGGGGCCGAAGCUGCAUUCCCUGGGCAGGGCCAGGAGCCCACGGCCACCAACGCUAAGGCCACGGGCACCCUGAAACGGCCCACCAGUUUGAGCCGCCAUGCCAGUGCAGCAGGCUUCCCGCUGCCUGGGGCCUCCUGGACGCUGGGCCGGAGCCACCGCAGCCCCGCAGAGCCACCAGCCGAGGGGCCUGGGCCAGAGGCCGGGGAGGACAUCUCUGUGCUGCUGGGGGACGUGGCUCGCUUCGCCGAGGGCCUGGAGAAGCUCAAGGACUGCGUGUUGCGUGACGAUCUGCUGGAGGCGCGCCGGCCACUGGCCCACGAGUGCCUGGGUGAGGCUCUGCGUGUCAUGCACCAAGUGAUCUCCAAGUACCCACUGCUCAACACUGUGGAGAUCCUCACGGCCGCGGGCACCCUCAUCGCCAAGGUCAAAGCCUUCCACUAUGAAAGCAACAAUGAGUCAGAUAAGCGGGACUUCGAGAAGGCCCUGGAGACUGUGGCCGUGUCCUUCAGUAGCACUGUGUCUGAGUUCCUCAUGGGCGAGGUGGACAGUAGCACCCUCCUGGCAGUGCCCCCGGGGGACGCCGGCCAGUCUAUGGAGAACCUGUAUGGCCCCGGGAGCGAGGGCACCCCACCCAGCUCCGAGGACUGUGACGAGGAGGGUUGCCUGGCCCCUGAAGAGGUAGACCUGUUGCUCCAACGCUGUGAGGGCGGCGUGGACGUAGCCCUGCAGUACGCCAAGGGCAUGGCCAAGUACAUGAAAGACCUCGUCAGCUACCUGGAGAGGCGUACAACGCUGGAGAUAGAGUUCGGGAAAGGCUUGCAGAAGAUUGUGCACGCCUGCAGACAGACGGUGGUGCAGGAGCCGCACAUGCCCCUGCUAUCCAUCUACGCGCUGGCACUGGAGCAGGACCUGGAGUGGGGCCAUGGCCUGGUGCAGGCGGCCAACACACUGCAAACGCAGACCUACAUGCAGCCCCUGGCGCUGCGUCGCCUGGAGCAUGAGAAGCGGCGGAAAGAGAUCAAGGAGGCCUGGCAUCGUGCCCAGCGGAAACUGCAAGAGGCCGAAUCCAACCUGCGCAAAGCCAAGCAAACCUACGUGCAGCGCUGUGAGGACCACGACAAGGCCCGCCUCCAGGUGGCCAAGGCGGAGGAGGACCAGGCGGGCAGCGCGGCUGGGGCGGGUAGCGCAGCCUCCAAGGCCCUGGACAAGCGGAGGCGGUUGGAAGAGGAAGCCAAGAACAAGGCAGAAGAAGCCAUGGCCACAUACCGCACGUGCGUGGCGGAUGCCAAGACACAGAAACAGGAAUUGGAGGACACAAAGGUGACGGCACUGCGGCAGCUGCAGGAGCUCAUCCGCCAGAGCGACCAAACCAUCAAGUCGGCCACCAUAUCCUACUACCAGACGAUGCACAUGAUGACAGCACCGCUGCCCGUGCACUUCCAAAUGCUGUGUGAGAGCAGCAAGCUGUACGACCCGGGCCAGCAGUACGCGAGCCACGUGCGCCAGCUGCAGCGUGGCGACGAGCCUGAUGUGCGCUAUGACUUCGAGCCCCACGUGCCUGCCGGCGCCUGGUCUCCAGUGGCACGUGCCCGGAAGAGCAGUUUCAACGUAGGCGAUGCAGCUGGGGCCGAGGUCACGAGCAGUGCUCUAGAUGAGCCUAGGUCUGGAGAGGGGUCCCAGCCCAAGGAGUCCCGGGGUGUGCGGGGCCACCAGGUGCACAAGUCGUGGCCCACUUCGGUUACUGAGAGCGGGGUGGAAGCGGGCUCUAGCCCAGGGGACAUGCGCUUGGAGCGAACGUCGUCCUCUGGCACCAUGUCAUCCAGUGAGGAGUUGGCGGACCAGGAGGCGGCACUGGAGCAAGCUGACCUCAACGGCAUGGCCCCUGAGCUGCCUGUGGCCGUGCCCAGUGGGCCUUUCCGCCACGUGGGGCUGUCCAAGGCAGCGCGCACACACCGGCUGCGUAAGCUGCGCUCGCCCGCCAAGUGCCGUGAGUGCAACAGCUACGUGUAUUUCCAGGGCGCUGAGUGUGAGGAGUGCUGCCUGGCCUGUCACAAGAAGUGCCUCGAGACCCUGGCCAUCCAGUGCGGCCACAAGAAGCUGCAGGGCCGCCUGCUGCUCUUCGGCCAGGACUUCAUUCCCGCCGCCCGCGCCACUGCGGACAGCGUGCCCCUGGUCAUCCGGAAGUGCAUCAGUGAGAUCGAGCGCCGCUCACUGCAUACCAAGGGCAUCUACCGCGUAAAUGGCGUGAAGACACGGGUGGAGAAGUUGUGCCAGGCCUUUGAGAACGGGCAGGAGUUGGUGGAGCUUUCACAGGCCUCACCCCACGACAUCAGCAAUGUCCUCAAACUGUACCUUCGCCAGCUGCCCGAGCCCCUCAUUUCCUUCCGCUUCUACCACGAGCUGGUGGGGCUGGCUAAGGACAGUGCCAAGGCAGAGGCGGAGGCCAAGGCAGCAGCUAGGGGCCGGCAGGAAGGGGCCGGCAGCGAGCGGAGCGAGGAGGUGGCUUUGGCCAUGGCCAGCCGGCUGCGUGAGCUGCUGCGAGACCUGCCGCCGGAGAACCGGGCCUCACUGCGGUACCUGCUGAGGCACCUGCGCAGGGUAGUGGCUGCUGAGCAAAACAACAAGAUGACACCAGCGAAUCUGGCCAUCGUGUUUGGGCCCACGCUGCUGCGGCCUCGGCCCACGGAGGCCACCGUGUCUCUCUCGUCCCUGGUGGACUACCCCCACCAGGCCCGCAUCAUUGAGACGCUCAUUGUCCACUACGGCCUGGUGUUCGAGGAGGACCUGGAGGAGGCUCCAGGCUCUCAGGAUGCACUGCCCGGCCAGCAGACGCAGGUGGCUGUCCAGGUGUCAUACCUGGAGGCGGGCGAUGGUGCCAUCUGCUCCCUGCAGGAGGUGGCGGAAGGUGAGGAUACAGAAUCACGAGCUGCAUCCGCCGACUCUGACUCGGAACUGGAGGAGGCUUCUGACCCUCUGUCUUCAUCGGAUGCCAGCGCCCUGCACAGCCUCAGCUUCUCAGAGGGCCAGGACGAGCAGCCAGGGGCCGGGAAGGAGGGAGGCCCCGCAGGACUGGCCCUGCAGCUUUCAGCCUACAACAGCAGCUAGCGCUGCCCCGUCGGGGGCCCGGCUGCCCCCGUGAGGCUCCCUGGGCACCUGCCGGGCGAAGUGGCCAGAGCUUGACUGAGCUGGUCAGGGCAGAGGCACACAUGGCUAAUGCCAGCCACCUCCUGGGGCAGCGGGCCCUGCCGACCUUCGGUGGCUAGGGUGGUAGUGGGGUCACCUUCCUGGAAGUUGGGGUCUGGGGACACAGUGCUCUUGCUGCUAUUCACAAUAAAGCCUUCAGCACUUGGA